AUGACUAGUAGAACGGAAACUAUUGAAUCAGCAUCUAAUGGAAUUUUGCACAAUUUAUUGACUACUAUAAUCCAAGAUAUUGUCGCUAAGGAAAGAGUUAAUUCACAGGUUUUAAAUACAAGGUAUCCUAAUAUAAAACCUUAUUUUUAUGAUCCUAAUGGGAAUUUAGAUAUAAAUGGACAGCCGAAACGUCAAGAGUCAUCACAAUAUUUUCACUGUGUUAACUGUGGGAGAGAAAUUUCAGCCAAUAGGUUUGCUGCCCAUUUACAGAGGUGUUAUAGUCGUGGAUCAAGGAGGUAA